UGUCCCCGAAUCAUUACGGCCUUUUCUUCCCCUCCUACAGUAGAUUUCAAUUGCCAUCUGAAAUCUUUCUCUUUUCUCCUUAUUUUUAUAAAUUUAUAGUCACUUUGAAGGUGGAGAAUAAUUCCCUGAAGUGGAAAUUGAUGCUGCACUCAGAGCCUCCUUGCGCGAACGGUGAUGGAAUCAAAGACUGGUUGGCAUUUGGCAAUGCAGUAAUAUGAUGAUAUGCGUAUGUAUACGUUGCAUGGCAAUGAAGUGAAGACAGUAAACUCGCGGUGGCUCUCCGUGCAUGUAGAUGGAUUCAAUGCAACGACUAGGUGAAAUAAUGGGGGUGUGGAGGAGAAGAGAGAUUGGUGGGUGUGAGUAGGAGAGGAGUCAGAAGCAGCAGCGAUUGCCUGACACACCACAACCGAUGAUGUCCGGUGUCUUCAGUCAAACUGCCAGUCAUACUCCACUCCGAACUAUUUUUAAUAUAAUUAAAAACAGACGAUCCCAUCUGCUCUUCCAAAGUCACAAAUGAUGCACACUAAUUUCAGGAAGUUGAUGAUGGACCGCUUUCUUAUGACAUCUUAAUUAUCUGAUCAACAAUAGGACUUGAAUUAGCUUUCAUUGAGAUUCAACAUUUUUUUAAAAUUUUUUGUUAAUAUAAAUUUACUUGUAUUGCAUUGAAUGACCAAAUGAUUGUGAUAUCUGAGUGUCUUCCACUUACUCUAGGUUUUUCUUUCUCAUCUAUCAUUGGUUUAUAUUUUAUAAUGCAUUCAUAUCAAUUUUUACUGCAAUGCAGCUAGUACAAAGGUUGCUUAUUACCUAAAUUCCAAACCUCUCAACUAAUGAGAAGGUUUCGGAAGAAUAGAACUACUUCACUUUGCAUAACAAACAAGGAACCCCGUAUCAAAUGCCUUUCUUGCUCUUUGCUUUCCAUGCACUAUGGUUAGAAGAAUAUGUGGAUUAGUCAUACAAGCAAUGCAGAAUUCUCUGAACAAUUUGCCAUGGUGAUCAUAUGAUAUAAAUUGAUAUCUCCAACUCUGUUGGUAUACUAUGUCAUAGCCUGCUUGAUAGGAUUUCCAAGUUCAUCAUCUCAGCUGCACUUGAUAGAAUAAUGGCCGGCCGGCGCAACAUUAAGAGGUCAGAUAGCAUUGCUGAGGGCUUGCCUGAAGCUCUAAAACAAAUUCGAUACCAGAUGAAGCGGUGUUUUGCGAGGUAUGUUUCAAAGGGGAAGAGAAUUAUGAAGAACAAACAACUGAUGGAAGAGUUUGAUAGCACAUUGGAUGACAAGCAUGAGAAGACCAAGCUAAUGGAAGGAUUUCUUGGCAUGAUCAUUUGUGCAACUCAGGAAGCCGUUGUCAUUCCUCCAUUGGUUGCAUUCGCUGUGCGGCGAUUUCCUGGAAUAUGGGAGUAUGUUAAGGUCCAUUCAGAGGAUUUGCAAGCUGAUGAUAUCACUGCUUCUGAGUACCUCAAGUAUAAAGAAAGAAUAUAUGACGAAACUUGGGCUAAUGACGAGAAUGCACUAGAGGUAGAUUUUGGGGCAUUCGAUCUGACAACACCUCACCUCACGCUGCCUUCCUCUAUAGGAAAUGGCAUGCAAUCCAUAUCCAAAUUCCUGUCAUCAAGAUUGACUGAGAAUCCAAGCAAUUCCAAGCCAUUGUUCGACUAUUUGCUGGCCCUUAAUUACAGAGGACAAAGCUUAAUGAUCAAUAGCACCCUCAAAACAGUGAUCAGACUUCAGACUGCGCUAAUCUUGGCUGAAGAGCAUGUUCGUGCUCUUCCUAAGAACACGCCAUUCGACAUGUUUGCGCACAGAUUCGAAGAAUGGGGAUUGGAGAAAGGAUGGGGUGACACAGCUGAAAGGGUUAGGGAAACACUCAGUUGUCUCUCUGAGGUCCUCCAAGCCCCAGAUCCUGUCAGCAUACAGAAAUUUUUCAGUAGGGUUCCUACAAUCUUUGACGUUGUAAUCUUUUCUCCACAUGGCUAUUUCGGGCAAGCAGAUGUUCUUGGCUUGCCUGAUACUGGUGGCCAGGUUGUGUACAUUCUAGACCAAGUGAGAGCUUUCGAAGAAGAAUUGCUGCUCAGGAUCAAACAGCAAGGGCUAACAGUUAAACCUCGAAUUCUCGUGGUGACCAGGCUGAUACCGGAAGCCAAGGGGACUAAGUGCAACCAAGAACUGGAAGCAGUUCUGAACACCAAGCACUCGCACAUCCUUCGCGUGCCAUUUCGGACCGACAGUAAAGUUGUAAGCCAAUGGGUUUCGCGGUUCGACAUCUACCCCUACCUCGAGCGAUAUGCGCAGGAUGCUACUGCGAAAGUUCUUGACAUUUUAGAGGGGAAACCAGACCUGAUCAUUGGGAAUUACACUGAUGGUAACCUUGUCGCAUCUCUCAUGGCAAGCAAACUCGGAGUCACUCAGAGUACUAUAGCUCACGCUCUUGAGAAAACCAAGUAUGAGAAUUCUGAUGUGAAGUGGAAGGAACUGGAUGCCAAGUAUCACUUUUCCUGUCAAUUCACAGCUGAUAUCAUCUCAAUGAACUCUAGUGAUUUCAUCAUCACAAGCACAUACCAGGAAAUUGCAGGAAGUAAGGACAGGCCCGGGCAGUAUGAGAGCCACAAUGCAUUCACAAUGCCUGGACUAUGCCGAUUCACAUCCGGCAUCAAUGUCUUCGAGCCCAAGUUCAACAUAGCUUCUCCCGGCGCCGAUCAAUCUGUCUACUUCCCCUACACCCAGAAGCAGAGUCGGAUCACUGCAUUUCAACCUGCCAUUGAGGAGCUCCUCUACAGAAAAGCAGACAAUGAUGAACACAUAGGUUUCCUUGCUGAUAGAAAGAAACCGAUCAUCUUCUCCAUGGCGAGGCUGGAUACGGUGAAGAACAUAACCGGGUUGGUGGAGUGGUACGGGAAGAACGGCAGGCUGAGGGAGCUGGUGAACCUCGUCGUCGUCGCGGGAUUCCUCGACCCCUCCAAGUCCAAGGACAGGGAAGAGAUUAGCGAGAUCAAGAAGAUGCAUGCUCUCAUUUCCAAGUACCAAUUAACCGGCCAAAUACGUUGGAUUGCUGCACAGAGUGAUCGUGUCAGGAAUGGCGAGCUCUACCGCGUCAUUGCAGACACCAAAGGAGCUUUCGUUCAGCCUGCGUUGUACGAAGCAUUUGGUCUCACGGUGAUCGAGGCCAUGAACUGUGGCCUGCCGACGUUUGCGACCAACCAAGGAGGACCGGCGGAGAUCAUCGUCGACGGCGUCUCCGGUUUCCACAUCGAUCCCAUCAACGGCGAGGAAGCAAGCAACAAGAUUGCAGAUUUCUUCGCCAAGUGCAGAGACGACGGCGGCUACUGGAACAAGAUCUCCUCCGCCGGGCUGGAACGCAUCAAUGAAUGCUAUACCUGGAAGAUCUAUGCGAACAAAGUGCUGAACAUGGGAUCGAUCUAUAGCUUCUGGAGGAAGCUGCACAAGGAAGAGAAGCACGCCAAACAACGUUACACACAGCUCCUGUUCAAUCUCCAGUUCAGAAACAUGGCAAAGAGUGUUCCGCUUGCGGUUGAUCAAGCAAAGCCGCCGCCUCCAGCGACAGCCAGGAUCCUGUCCAGGCCUCCAUCUCAGAUUACAACAAGGCGCACCCAAUCACGAAUACAAAGGAUCUUCGGUUAGUUCAUUCAUGCAUAUUGAGGAAAUAAUUAAAUCUGCUAGCUACGGCCACGAGAGAUGCUUUAAUUCUUCGACUGAAGGUUUGUGAUCAAAUUAAAAAAAAAGAAUGAUGCAGGGAUGUGUGUAUGUAUUUCAGAGAUGUAUUUAAUAAUUUUCGAGGGCUUUGUUUGCAAUAAAUGAAUUGGUAGAAACCAUGCUAAGUUUAAACCCAUAAACAAAUUGUAAAAUUCCGAGGGCUAAUUCGAGAUAUUUGAAACAUUGAUAUUUAAAAUUAAAACUCCUCGUUUGACUCCCCCAAAAAUCAAUCUGGUUUUGAGAUCACGACGACGGCGAGCCUCCUCUCUCCUUCCGUUCGCGACGCCAUUGCUUGGAUCUUCACCGCUUCACGCUCUCUCUCUUACUCGAUCUGGCUGUCUUUGGCCCUCUUCUCCCUGCCCCCAAUCUCAAACCCUAACUCGGUCGAUUCAGGUAUGUUCACUGUUCUUCACGUUUUCCUUGCUUUUAUUUGGGCUUUUGAUGUCUGCAUUCAAGUGGUUGUUCAUGUGAAAAAUCUCAAUGAACUUUUUUGACCGAGUUUUAGCGAAAAUAGUUUGACAAUCCUAGAGGGCUCAAAAUCUUAAACAAAGAGUACAGACGAAUUAGCGGACCAGUAGAUAUUCGCACGGUGCCCAUUUUAUAUGAAUCUGCGGCCGAGCUGAUCUGGUAAAACGCUGCAUAUUUGUAUAUAGAGAACUUGAAACUGGGUUUUUGUAAACUAAUUAUUUCUUAUAUUGGCUGUUAUCUGAGUAUUUUCAUGUUACUUAAUUAGGAUAUUCAAGUUUAUACUA